AUGGAUAUAGAUUAUACCCCCAUAUUCAAAUUGGAAGAGCUUGAGGCCCAUCUUCAGGAGCUGCUCAAAUCUCCAGAUGUUCCAAUCGAUACGAAAAUUUUCGAUGCAGUAGAGCUACAGCUUACAGAAUACAACAUUUCCCCUCUGAUCCCUAAACUACUCCCUACCAUCACUCAGAUCCUCCUUACCACCCAACAAGACCCUACCGCAAUCGCCAGUCUCUCCGUCAAGUUAUUACAGCCAAUCACAUUUCCUCAAGCGCUCAAACUGGCUUCCGAGGACGCACUAAUUCUCGCACUUCGAUCUCCCAUACCUGCUGCGAAUAUUCUCGCCAUUACAAUCAUUGAAAAGGCUACCAAAAGCUCCACAGAUGUCGCAAGCUUAGCCAGCAUGAGAGGAGUGGUCGAGAAUUAUAUCCGAACAUGGCUUAGCAGCCCUCAUGUCGGAGUUGGUGAAAAGGCUACACAAGUACUGGGAGAACUCUUGGAGGUUGACUCUGUCCGAGAGUUAACACAUAUUACAAGAGGAAUAGGAAACAUGAACAUUGAUUCCCAGCGACCACCUGGCCAGGGUGCGCUUUGGCGACGAAUAUUUCAAGACGUUGAAAUCUACGAAAUGCUUUUCUCGUUCUGUAGCUUGAAGACUACCGGAAAUGGCGAUGGUCAAUUGGAUGAGAGGCAAAAGACACUCGCUCAAGCUCGUCUGUUGAGAAUUCUUCCUCGUCUGGCAACUGUCGAUUUUGAUUACUUGACCAGGUCGACAUUAGGCCACAUAGACAGAGAAUACAUACGACAGGAUGACGGAGAACUUGGUUUAUUGUAUUUUGCGGCAAUGAAAAUGGUGGAUAAAGAAGACUUGCUUAUGCAUAUGACAUUGACUAUUUUCUUCUUGGAGUUACUAGAUGCACUUAGUACUGUGGACUGGCUCUUCGGCCCAAGGCAGUCUUAUGUUGCUGAAGUGAUGAGAAAAGCCAUGGAGUCAGACGUGGAAUUACGUCAAUCGAUUGAAGGUGUCACUCUAUCGCCAAAUUCAACAUCAGAAACGAAAGAGUUGAUAACUUCUUUGAAUCUACUCUCUUAA